UUUAAUUGAGUAAGCUUGUUACUCAGAAGCUGCACAACAGAUAUGUUUGCUGUGUAUGUUUUUAAUUCAGGUGCAUUCCUGGUGCCAUAUCUGGUAUUUGUGGUAACCUGUGGUGUACCUGUGUUCCUGCUGGAGACAACUAUAGGGCAGUUCACCCAGGAGGGUGGCAUUACCUGCUGGAGGAAGCUUUGCCCACUAGCACAAGGGAUUGGCUUUGGUGGACAGCUAAUCCUCUUCUAUAACUGUAUGACCUACAUCAUUAUUCUGUCCUGGGCUUUGCUCUACCUCGUGUUCUCCUUCAGCUCUCAGCUUCCUUGGGCCUCCUGCAACAACUACUGGAACACAGAGGGCUGUGUAGACUUUUCAACACAAAAUAACACCGUCCACUGGACCAACCAGACAAACUCGACCUCUGCAGCCACCGAAUUUUGGGAACGACGAGUGCUGAUGAUCUCAGGGGGCAUUGAGGAAAUAGGCAGCAUCCAGUGGGAGGUGCUGUUGUGCCUCAUUGCUAUGUGGAUCGUCUGCUACUUUUGUGUCUGGAAAGGAGUCAGAUCUACAGGAAAGGUGGUAUAUGUCACAGCUACCUUCCCCUAUGUGAUGUUGUUAAUUCUGCUGAUUCGUGGCCUCUCUCUUCCCGGAGCAUUAGAAGGAGUGAUGUUUUAUCUUCUGCCUGAACCCUCACGACUAAUGGACCCUCAGGUGUGGAUGGAGGCUGUGAGUCAGAUCUUCUUCUCCUACAGUAUCGGUGUGGGUUCCCUAACUGUGCUGGGAAGCUACAACAAAUACAACAACAACUGCUAUAAAGACUCUCUGAUGCUGUGUUUGCUGAACAGUGGUACCAGUGUUGUAGCUGGUUUUGCUGUCUUCUCAGUGCUGGGAUUCAUGGCUCAUGAGCAAGGCGUUCCCAUUGCAGAAGUGGCCGAGUCAGGUCCAGGCCUGGCGUUCAUUGCAUACCCUCAGGCUGUAGCCAUGAUGCCCCUGCCUCAACUGUGGUCCAUCUGUUUCUUUGUUAUGCUCAUUCUCUUGGGUCUGGAUACACAAUUUGUUAACAUGGAGGUGUUGAUGACGUCCUUCAUCGAUAUGUUUCCCAAAGUGUUGCGCAGGGCCGGCCGAAGGGAGAUUUUUCUCCUUCUCUUCUGCCUAAUAUGCUUCUUCUCUCAGCUUGUCAUGGUUACUGAGGGAGGGAUGUUUGUGUUCCAGUUGUUUGACUACUAUGCUUGCAAUGGAGCCUGCCUCCUCUUCCUAUGUGUGUUUGAAACUCUGGCACUGGGUUGGAUAUUUGGGGUAGAUAAGUUGUAUGACAUAAUAAAGGACAUGACAGGGACAGGAGCCAACUACUUCUUUAAACUCUGCUGGCUCUACCUCACACCACUGGUCUCACUGGGCUCUUUUAUAUGUUCUUUAAUCGAGUACCAGCCUCUGACCUUUAAUCGGUGGUACGUCUACCCAUCCUGGGCAUAUGUGCUGGGGUGGGUACUGGCUCUCUCCUCCAUCCUGCUUGUUCCAGGAUGGGCCCUGUAUAAGCUGGGCACUGGGACUGGGACUCUAAGUCAGCGUUUCCAUCAUCUGUGCCAGCCUAAUCUUGAAAAUUUAGAGAACCAAAAGAGGGAAACUGAGCUAGAGACCAUCAGAGAACUUCUGCAGUAGUUCACACUCAACUGAUACAAAAGGUCAUCUGAUACCAAAGUCUUUGUAACACCUACGAUUUGGAGCCAAAUGUAAUGUCACUUUUUUUAUUUUCCUUUACAUUUUUCCACUUCUGUACCCAUUUGAGCUGCAUCAUAGUGAUUCUGGAUACUGAAGCUGCAAAGAAAAAUAUCACUUCAUUUGUACAUUCAUUCUUUCUUCAUUACUUUGCAAAAAUAUAAAAAUAAUGAGGCCUUGGUUAGCAUGUUCAAUUUUAAAGUUAUAGGCAGCUCAGUUACUAAAACAGUGAACAAGUUUGUGUUUGGCUAGUUUGGAGGUGUUACCAGGUGAAUGCCCUCUCUCUCUAAGAAAAGUUUACAAAGUUGGAUCUGAACAAUCUACAAGACUUCUUGAGAAUUGUUUUUGCACAGAUGAGACCAAAGUGGAGAGCGGCACAUUUGGAGAAAACCAAACAGCAGAGCAGCACAAACACCAAUUACUCUAGCAAGAAUUCAAGACAACUGUUCAUAAACAAACGUCUGCAAAUGUCAAUGAACUGAGGCAAUUUUGUAAGAAAAAGUGGACCAAAAUUCCUCCACAAUAAUGUUAUCUGCCUUUGCAACCGAUGCCACAACUGCUGUUAUGGGCCGAUGGAGAGGAACACAUAUGUUUGUGUUACAGAAUGACACAGAAAAUGCUGUUGCAAUUUGAUAUCAUAUGAAACACAGCACUAAGUGGACAGAGGAUUAUUUCUGACAUGGUACCUAUCAAACAAAAUACACGCAAGAUUGCCAGUCUUCUAGCUUGCUUACUUGCCACAAGUGCACUGUGCCACCUACCAAUAGAAAGGA